AGGCACAUCAGUAGAUAGGGGAAAGAUGAGCAGCAUAGGCACAGGCUACGAUCUAUCGGUGACCACAUUCUCACCGGACGGCCGCGUUUUCCAGAUCGAAUAUGCCGCUAAAGCCGUCGACAACAGCGGCACCGUCGUUGCCAUCAAAUGCAAAGACGGUAUCGUCAUGGGAGUGGAGAAGCUGAUUGCUUCCAAGAUGCUGCUGCCAGGCUCCAAUCGAAGAAUCCACUCCGUUCAUCGCCACUCCGGCAUGGCUGUUGCUGGAUUAGCUGCUGAUGGCAGGCAGAUUGUUACACGAGCAAAGUCUGAAGCAACUAAUUAUGAGAGGGUUUAUGGUGAAGCAAUUCCUGUUAAAGAACUUGCGGAACGAGUGGCUAGUUAUGUGCAUUUGUGCACACUUUAUUGGUGGCUCAGGCCUUUUGGUUGUGGAGUGAUUGUGGGAGGUUAUGAUAGGGAUGGGCCACAGUUUUACAUGAUCGAACCUUCUGGAAUAUCUUAUUCUUAG